CUUAACUUCAUACUCUGCUGUAAUAAUGCGCGGCUCUGCUGUACUCUUGCUUGGCUUGUAUAGGUCAUGGACUUCCGCUCAUGCAUCAAGAACGUCGGCUUGGGCCUCCAGUCUUCGAGGCACGCGCAACUCAAGUUCACUGCUGACUGCCCACCAGCCUAACGUUGACGCACCUCCUCAUGACUCCUCUGAACGUGUGGAGCCACCAUUGCCCUCCAAUUCGGAGGCUCUCACUUCGAAUUUUGUCGCCCCUGCGUGGCUACGUACACCAGCCGAUGAAGUCAUGCGACCAAAUCCCGACGACCCCGACGACCCCGGCUUGUUCAUGGCGAGGAUGCUUUGGAGACGACUCGGCAAUGCGAAAUUCAAGAAUUUGCGGCACUUGACGGGCCUUACCCACUUCGAGCUAAUGCAAUUGGCGGACUUGGCUGAAAAAGGGAAUGUUGCAGAUCCAGCGGCAGAGGCGGAGAUCCUCCGAUUUGUGUCUGCCUCACAUCAUAAGCUCCCACCUAGACAGAUGUUGUAUCAUUUGGCGAAUCAGUUGCGCUCACUCCAAAGGCUCAGUCAUCUGAAACGUGUUCUGCUCUGGAUUGCCCUAAAUAAUGGCGAGGAAGGUGGUGUUCCCGCCGCAGCAUAUGAGUUGUUGCAGGAGAAGGCACGGGAAAGUUACUAUUACGCCGUUAACCACGAGGUUUCGCCGGAAUACGAAAGGAUCAAUCAUGCUCUACGGCGGUUCAAGGAACGCGGUGAAGAUCUCGUAGAAGCCUAUUUGGGUCUUUCCGCAUUUCUGGAAUCGGAGCUGCUUCGUACGCAUGGCCGCUUGAGCGAAACGAAACGCAAUGAACUUGCCAAGGAUUCGGUGGAUGCCCUGCAGCGUGCAGCUGCGAAGGGUCGCCGGAUGGCAAUGUCCCUCUUAGGAAGGCUUUAUGCGGCUGGUACACUGACAGAGAGGAAUGGAAUGCUCGCGCGCCUCUUCUGGGAAGAGGGACAUAAACGGGGCUCUCCUUCGUGUUCUUGGAACCUCGCUGUGUGGCACAGUCGUCUGACCCCUGUCUGGGACGUGUUGCCACUGAAACUGGACAAGGCCCGAGAAUACGCCGAGUCUCUCGUAUUUCGGACCACUUGGGGUGCUGGCCGAGCAGCCCAGUGGUAUUACUUGAAGCCAGGAAUUACUCCGGAAAAACACAAGAAGUUUUGGGGUUGCAAUCACGAUGACGAGAGAGCCGCAGCGUCCACCGCCUGGAGUGCACGGGCAAAUUCGGGAGAGGGAAAGUUGUUAUGGGCCGAAAUGCUGCUCUAUAAUAAGGCAAACAUGGACAGCGGUCUCAGCCUCGUGCAAGACUAUUGGCGGUACUUGGAGAAGCACCCGGAGCCAGUGGUCGGCGACGAGGCUGUGGACGAUACACAGGACUUGGUUCACCUUGAAGAUGAAGAAGAUGCCUCUGACUCAUUGCCGCAACUCAGCAACGGCAUGAUCCUACCAAGGUUCUUCAAGUCUUUUGGCGAGAUCAUCGUGGAGCCUAAGGGACGACCCUCGACACGAAAAGAGCAAUUGAUGCUGGCUCUCAACUUGAUCAAGGACCCGACCAUUAGGCUUCAAAGUCGGAACGAAAGGAAGGGACUUCUUGUCCUGGCGGAGCGGUUGAUACACGAAGCAAAUCGCGGCCUGCCGGCCCUUCCAACCCAAGACGAUUUUCGAUUGGUCCAGAAACAUCAUAGUCUAGAAUGGGAUCAUAUCCUGCAUGAAAUGGCCGUUUCGCGUGGAGAUGUUCGACGACCAACUUUCUCAGAUAUGACGUUAGCGCGUAUGGACAAAUAACAACUCAGUGCCUCAUCAGGACCAGAUGUUCCUCGUCCGUUGGACCGGUCACUGGGUAUAUCUUGACUGGGAUCUGCGCUGGAUUCCUCUAGAAUACGGUCCCAACGUAGUCGAUACCCGACAUACAGUUACAUAGGGCCACACCACCAGCAGCGAACAGGCACGAUGAUGUCUUGUGAAUCUCUCUUUCUAAUAUUAGAGUAUGUCCCCUAUAUUCGCACCGCACCGCUCUCUCAGCUUCUUUGCAAUCACGCGAUUCCCUUCCUCGUUAGGGUGGAGCAUAUCGGGGCAUAGACUGCCAUCUAGCCAGCCCGCCGUUCCAACAUACCACACCUGCUCCACACCACCUUUGUUCUCCCACUCCUUCGAGAGCGUAUUGACCAUCUGCUCGAUCUCAGACUCGAACACGCCUGUGCGACUCCAGCUGCGAUCGGAGGUGCGACUGUGAAAUCCAAAUGGUGCAACGAAGACGAUAUGUCGCAAGGGAGGAGAGAGGCGUGCUACGAGGGCGAUGAAGAAGUUCUUGAGCACCUCCAGGAACUGCGAAGCCGAAAUACCGCUGGAAAUAUCGUUCGACCCGAUACAGAUGAAAAACACAUCUGCGUACUCUGCCUCCAGUCCCCCUUUCCUGCUUUCAAAUC